AUGGAAGAAGAUUCUCAGAACAGUAGCACCAAUACAAGCCAUUUACUCGGUUCUGUUCCAGCUGUUGUUGCUGAUGAAAAGAAUGCCUCGAAUAACCAAGUGCCUUAUGCAAGUAUGCAAACAUUCCCUCCCAAUAGUGGAGGCAGAGAACAGGGAUAUCAAACUCUUGGAACUCCAACUGAAGCUUUUGGGGAACAGCCAGCUAGUAAUUGGCAGGGAUUCUUUAGUGUCUCGUCUUACACGCAGUAUUUCAACGUGGACACGGAUGUUGUUGUGAACAGAUUGAUAAGUUCCUUGAAUCCUGUCGCUGAUGACUUUUUUGGAAAGAUAGAUGCUAAUCCUGAUUUGUAUGGGCUUAUAUGGAUCUCAACAACAUUGGUUUUUGUACUUGCCUUACUUGGUAAUCUUGCAACGUACCUUAUGCAAAAACAUAUAGAUAACACUACUUCGUGGAGCUUUGACGUUAACUAUGUGAAUAUGGCUGUGUGGUCUAUAUAUGGCUAUGUGAUAGUGGUACCAUUGGCAUACUAUUUUUUCCUUCAGUAUAUGGGUUCAAAUGCUAAUCUUAUACGGUUUUGGUGCAUGUGGGGGUACUCCCUCACCAUUUUCAUCUUGUCCUCUUUUCUAUUGCUUAUUCCAGUUGGGAUUCUUCGGUGGAUUAUAAUAAUCCUCACUGGUUUUGCCUCAGCUAGCUUUGUUGCUUUGAACCUAAGAUCCUAUUUAGGAAGUGAUCUUUCGGUGACCGUAAUUGCAGCAUUUGCCUUGCAAAUAGCUUUGGCCGUCUUCAUCAAAGUUCAGUUCUUCAAAUAA